AUGGUGUCCGUUAAGUACUCUUGGAUUCCAUCUAAGUGUGUAAGGUGUGGGCAAUUAGGCCACAAAGAAUCAAGAUGUCUAAUCCCUGAACAACAACCCUUAGUUGCUCCUGCCUCCAUUGUUGUUAAUGAUGUUGUCAAAGAAGUGGUUGCAAAAACCGCUGAAAUUGCUCAUGCACCUACUGUUACGCAUGACUCUAUUGUGGAAGUAGCUUUCACUCCAACCAUUGUUGUUGAUGUCCCUGCAGUAGCUACACAUACUUCAGCCUCUCUACAAACCCAGCUCCGCAACUAUUGCAACUACUCUCACUGCGGUCUUCCUACUGCUUUAGUUACACCAUGUACUCCUAUGAUAGAUUCAUUGAUAGAUGAAGAUGAAAGAAAUGCGUUUUGUGACAAUUUUGUCACAUUAGACUCAAUGUACUCCGGAUUCGGGAUGGGUGACUCUUCUCAUAGGUCCAGAGGUGGAAGACCAAUUAAACCCACACAAAAAUUUCAAGAGAUGCAAUGGAGUUUGGUAAAAGGACGAAGAAAUAACGAUCGCGGUGGUCGGCCACGGAUCACCAACUUAGGAGUUUUUAGAGAUUCAUCUCAGAAUCCUCCUCCCCUUUGUCGUGACUUUGGUCAUUGUGGUCGCGGUAAACGGCCACAAUCCUCUUUACUAGCUAACUUUCAAGUUUCAUAA